UCAAAAGCUAAUGCCUUCAUCCUCCUCAGUACUCUCUUCUCCAUCCUCCAUGAAAGACAAACAAAAGAAAGGAGAAGUCAUGUGGCCAAGGUUGGUGGCAAACAAGUUGUUAGGAAGGCAAUUAGGAAGCUAUUCAUUCAUGGCUGAUUACCCGAGCUUCGAUAUUAUGCAAGAGAUGGAGGAUUUGAAUAGUAUAAGCAAUCCAAAGAAGAUAUUCAAUCACAAGGACACACAAAAGUACAAAGUUUUUGUUAGUACUUGGAAUGUUGGAGGUGUUCCUCCCACUGAUAAUCUUGAGUUGGAGGAUUGGUUGGACACAAAGAAUAACGCCUAUGACAUUUAUGUUCUUGGGUUUCAAGAGAUAGUUCCACUGAGUGCAAAGAAUGUCCUUGGAGCAGAGAAGAGUAAGGUAGCCAUGAAAUGGAACUCACUCAUUAGAGCAACACUAAAUAAGUCCUUAUCAAACUCACAAAGAUGUGAAGAACUUAAGGUAGGGGAGAGGGUGAAGGUUUAUCCAGUAAAAGAUGGAUGUAAAUUCACAACACAAGAUUUCAGGUGCAUCAUUAGCAAGCAGAUGGUUGGAAUUUUCGUCUCCGUUUGGGUGCGAGGCGAUCUCCGGCGAUUCAUUGGAUACCCGAGUGUUUCUUGCGUCGGUUGUGGCAUAAUGAGUUGUCUUGGAAACAAGGGAUCGGUAUCGGUUCGGUUUCGGUUGCAUGAAACAAGCUUUUGCUUUGUGUGUUGUCAUUUGGCAUCAGGAGGAAAAGAAGGAGAUGAAAUGCUUAGGAAUUCAGAUGCUGUGGAGAUCUUCUCAAGGACUGGUUUCCCAAGAGGACCUUUUCUUGAUCAACCAAAGAAGAUACUUGAUCAUGAUAGGGUAGUCUUGUUUGGUGAUUUGAAUUAUAGAAUUUCAUUGCCUGAAGAGUCUACAAGGUCAUUGGUGGCACAAAAGGAAUGGAACACAUUAUUAGAGAAAGAUCAAUUGAGAGGUGAGGUUUCUGAAGGCCGAGCUUUCGACGGUUGGCACGAAGGACCGAUACUCUUCUCUCCGACUUAUAAAUACUACCCCAACUCUGAUGAAUAUUAUGGUUGCAUACAAAGGAAGAAAGGCGAAAAGAAACGAUCUCCGGCAUGGUGUGAUCGAAUACUUUGGCGUGGAAAUGGAUUGAAGCAAUGCUUAUAUGAUCGAUGCGAGGCAAAACUAUCCGAUCAUCGACCGGUGAGAGCAAUCUUUACUGCUGAAGUUGAGGUUCUAAGAAGUGCAAACUCACUGAAGAGCUUCUUCAUGUCUGAUAGAUUUCAUCAUAUUCAAGACCCUUUGGAGCUCUUCUCAAAUGAAGAUUAUUCAUUGAAUAGAAGAUCAAGUUUAGAGCUAUAAUUUAGUGGUGAAUUUUGUUUAUCUUAAAAGAAAUUUGCAUAGAUAUGUAUAUAGAGUGAGAUGGGCCUGAAUUGUGACAGAAUAAAACUUUAAAAGAGGACUAAAUACAUAUAAAAUUAAUAGAAAUGAUGAAGAAGAUGGCAGCACGUUGCAUGGGAUUUUAGUGAAUGCAUUGUUAUGAGUGUUUUGAGUAUUCAAA